AGUGCGCCCGGCCUCUCCGGUUCCUGCGCCCGGUGCCACGUUAGUAGCGGCAGACGCAAAACAGAGGCGCCCCAGCCAAGUGAAAUAAGCGAAAUCCCACAACUACGAGGCUUCCCUUCGCUUCUCCCUCGUCCGUGUGCAGCUCGCAUCGUCUGCGAUCUCCGGGUCUCUCGUUUUUUUUUAAGUCAUCGAAGAUUGGUGGAAGUAUGUAUAAGAUUUUAAUCUUGUGUACUCUGGCCGUGGCUAGCAGGGCUGACAUCGCCGAAGAGGAUGAUGUCCUGGUCUUGAAGAAAAGUAACUUCGACGAGGCGCUGAAAGCUCACCCCAACUUACUUGUUGAGUUUUAUGCCCCCUGGUGUGGCCACUGCAAGGCACUGGCCCCAGAGUACGCCAAGGCGGCCGGCAGUCUGAAGGCAGAAGGCUCCGACAUCCGGCUGGCCAAGGUCGAUGCCACCGAGGAGACUGAACUGGCACAGGAAUUUGGCGUGCGGGGGUACCCCACCAUAAAGUUCUUUAAGGGGGGAGAGAAACAGUCCCCCAAAGAAUAUUCCGCCGGCAGACAGGCUGAUGACAUUGUGAGCUGGCUGAAGAAACGCACCGGUCCAGCUGCCACCAUCCUCACUGAUGUCGCCCAGGCGGAGUCUCUGAUAGCGGACAAUGAAGUCGUGGUGAUCGGCUUCUUCAAGGAUGCAGAGUCUGAGGGCGCCAAGGCCUUCCUAAAGGCUGCCGAGGCUGUAGAUGACGUCCCCUUUGGCAUUACCUCAGAAGAUGCGCUCUUCUCCAAGUUUGAGCUCUCCGAAGAUGGCGUCGUCCUCUUCAAGAAGUUCGAUGAGGGCCGGAACAACUUCGAUGGGGAGAUGAACAAGGAGAAUCUCCUGAGCUUCAUGAAGGCCAACCAGCUGCCCCUGGUCAUAGAGUUCACUGAGCAGACGGCCCCCAAGAUCUUCGGGGGAGACAUAAAAUCGCACAUCCUGAUGUUUGUGCCGAAGGCGGCCACAGACUUCCAGGGGAAGAUGGACGAGUUUAAAAAAGCUGCUCAGAAUUUCAAGGGCAAGAUCCUCUUCAUCUACAUUGAUAGUGACCUGGAUGACAACCAGCGCAUCCUGGAGUUCUUCGGCCUGAAGAAGGAGGAAUGUCCAGCAGUCCGCCUCAUCACCCUGGAAGAUGAGAUGACCAAGUACAAGCCUGAUAAUGAGGCCCUCACCGCAGAGAACAUUGUCUCUUUCUGCACGCUCUUCCUGGAAGGGAAACUGAAGGCUCACCUCAUGAGCCAGGAUAUUCCUGAGGACUGGGACAAGAGCCCCGUCAAGGUGCUGGUUGGGAAGAACUUUGAAGAAGUUGCCUUUGAUCCCACCAAAAACGUUUUCAUCGAAUUCUAUGCACCCUGGUGCGGACACUGCAAACAGCUCGCGCCCAUCUGGGACAAGCUGGGCGAGAAGUACAAGGACAGUGACAACAUUGUUGUGGCGAAGAUGGACUCUACCGCCAAUGAGAUCGAAGCUGUUAAAGUUCACAGCUUCCCCACAUUGAAGUUCUUCCCUGCAGGAGACGAUCGCAAGGUGAUUGACUACAAUGGUGAGAGGACUCUCGAGGGCUUCACCAAGUUCUUGGAGAGUGGAGGCACAGAUGGUGGUGCACCAGCUGGAGAAGAUGAGGAUGAAGAGGAAGAUGAUCUGGGGGAUCUUGACGAUCAACAAGAUGAUGACGACGAUUCAGAGGGUGAUGAACCACAUGACGAGUUGUAAGCGAUGGCUCGGAGGAACACCACCCCACCGUCUCAGCCUCCAUCCCAGUUGCCCUGACCCUAUACACACCCUUCAGAUGAACACUAGCCCUUACCUUUGCAACUACUGCUCGAAUUGUCAGGUGUCACAGGGACCCUCAAUUACCCCCAACUGCCAUCACUCCAGCACCCAUACUUUUUGGCCCAGUCAGAUCAAUCUGCCCUCAAGGAACCCGGCACUGCAAUAGUUCCUGGAGGGGAGGGUCUUUGUGAAAUUUCUGCAAUUUGUAUCCUCUUUAUUGUACAUGCAUCAACUAGUGUCAGUUCUAGACCUUUAUUGCUUCCUUUCAAAGCCUUCUGUGUAACAAUUCUGCACCCUUAUUUACAUGGGUUGUGAAUGGGACAUGUUGACUAAUGUGGAGAAGUCAUAAUUCUCCUGAAAGACGGUUCGAAGGCCGAGGAGCUCCCUCGUUCACUCGCGCUCUCUCUCAGGGCUAUGAUCAUUUCAUUUGUAAAAUAUGGGUGCCCUGGAUGUGCAGCACUUCAGUGGGUGUUAAUGAAUCCAAACCAUUUCCGUGGGCAUAUGAGUGCACUCUUCAGAGGCCGUGGUCUGGUGCAGUGCUUCCCAACUACCAGACAGUCUGUUUUUGCGCUCUCCUAACUGGGAGGGAACAAAAAUGUAGACUGUCUGGAGGGGGGGGGGUGGGUCUCUGUGGACCAGAUUGAGAAAUAUUGGUCUAGGGUUAUGAUUUUCUUCUGAACCAAAUGUUUUUUUUUUUUUCCUCUAACUUUUCAGUUUCAUAAUUUAGUGUUUGGUUUUGAUUUUAAAACUAAACUCGGAUCAGUUUAUUGUAAUAUUUUUUUUAAUUAAUUUUAAUUGGCCUGCUUGUAUACCAGUGUACACAGCAGGAAUUAUGCCUGCAAGGGGCAUCUUUGGCCUCCAUUACUUGGAAAUGGGGAAACGUGGAACUCGUCGUAACUUGGUGCCAUCGGAAAUAGGAUUGUUACUUCAAGGCCGGGCAGCUCCUUCUGGGUGUUUAGAAAAGGCCUCUCCGGCGUCUGGGCCAGGACCAUGUCACCGCUGCCCAUCCAUCCCUCAGUCUUUUGCUCUACCUGACACUUCUCGCCUGUCUGGGCUGUACUGUGUUCUUAUGUGGUCGGGGUGACGGGAAGAGUGCAGAUGAAUUAAGCUGUUCUCGUCUUCUGGGGCAGGGUAUUGAAUGUGAUAUAUUUUUAUUUUUUUUUCUUUGUGAAUUGUUGGGUGGGAUUUUGCAAGGCUGGGGGAUGAUUGGGGGAUGAAAGACAAAGCAUUCCAUCCCAAAUUAACAUUAACAAACCGGUGGCCAAAUAAAAUAAAUAAAUACCA